AGAGCAGGCAGCCGCGGCCUCGGGAGCAGCCGGAGCCGGAGCUGCCGGAGCGGCGGGCGGGAGCGGCGCUGGGGGGGCAGGCCUGGCGCGGCGCCCCCACCAUGGAGAUCGAGAAGGAGUUCCACCGGCUCGACCAGGCCGCCAGCUGGGCCGCCAUCUACCAGGACAUCAGGCAUGAAGCCAGUGAUUUUCCAUGUAAAGUGGCCAAACAUCCCCGAAACAAAAAUAGAAAUAGGUACAGAGAUGUCAGCCCCUUUGAUCACAGUCGAAUUAAGCUAAACCAAGGUGACAAUGACUAUAUCAAUGCUAGUUUGAUAAAAAUGGAAGAGGCCCAAAGGAGCUACAUCCUUACCCAGGGACCUUUGCCAAAUACUUGUGGUCACUUUUGGGAGAUGGUUUGGGAACAGAAAAGCCGUGGUGUUGUCAUGUUGAACAGAGUGAUGGAAAAGGGAUCCAUAAAGUGUGCACAGUACUGGCCACGGAAGGAGGAGAAAGAAAUGUUUUUUGAAGAUACAAACUUGAAACUAACGUUGAUAUCUGAAGAUAUAAAAUCAUAUUACACAGUACGACAGCUAGAAUUGGAAAACGUUACAACACAGGAAACUAGAGAGAUUCUGCACUUUCAUUAUACUACGUGGCCUGACUUUGGCGUCCCAGAGUCACCUGCUUCAUUCCUCAAUUUCCUGUUCAAAGUGAGAGAGUCUGGCUCACUUAACCCUGAGCAUGGACCCGUUGUGGUGCACUGCAGCGCAGGAAUUGGGAGAUCAGGAACUUUUUGUUUGGUUGAUACAUGUCUUCUACUGAUGGACAAACGGAAAGAUCCUUCUUCUGUGGACGUUAGACAGGUUCUCCUCGAAAUGAGGAAGUACAGAAUGGGACUUAUACAGACAGCCGAUCAGCUCCGUUUCUCCUACUUAGCUGUUAUUGAAGGGGCAAAAUUCAUUAUGGGAGAUGCUUCAGUGCAAGAACAGUGGAAAGAGCUCUCCAAUGAAGACCUGGACCCACCACCUGAACAUACCCCACCACCUCCCAGACCACCAAAGCGAACCUCAGAAAUGCACAAUGGAAGGAUGCAUGAACACACAGAAUUCUUUCCUAAACAUCAAGUAGUAGAGGAAGAGAUUAGAUGUUCGGUCAGCACUGCGGAAGAGAUGGUUCCAGAUGGCAGAGCUCGUUCAUCUGUGCCACUGAUUGCAGACAGCACUAGUCAAGACACUGAAAUUCGGAGGAGAACUGUUGGUGAAAAUCUGCGUCUCUCACCCCACAAAGAAGAGUCGGUGAAGUCAGAAAACUCAGAAGAGGAUGAUGAGAACAUGAUAACAACUUGGAAGCCAUUUCUAGUGAAUAUAUGCAUGUUCACUUUCCUCACGGCAGGAGCUUAUCUCUGUUACAGGGUGUGUUUUCAUUGAUGGACAUGCCAACAAGAUCGACCCUGCAGAAAACACCAACGAUUUGAUCGGUUUGUAAUAAGCUUCUCUGAAAGAAAGCUAAUUGAGGCAUGUGAGCCUUGUCUCAGUGGAGGUAGAUCUUAGGUUGAAAGGCCAGAACUUCGGUUAGGGCUUAAAGAGAGAAUUGAUGCACUAGGGUUUUAUCUAGCCCUGUGGUCCCAAGAACAUAAUAUUCUAAUCUCAGGGCCUUAAAAUAUUCAGGAGUAAGCAGAGAAAAUGCCAAAUAGUCUGUUUUCCUUUUUUUCUUUUUUUUUUUAAACUAAAUAAUAGAAUUACAACACAUUGUUGUUUUUAGCCUUUUUUAAAAAGCCAGUUCUUCUUCUUUUGUGUUUCAGAAAAACUAGGCACAAGUGAAACUUGCUUGUACUCUCCAAGUGUUGUAACCAAAUACAUGACUUAUAUUGAUGAGGUCCCAAAAAAAGAGAAAGAAACCCACAUACCUGAAGAAUGUAAACUUUUUGGAAG